UACUAGAGUUUAAGGUAGUGGAUUUACCACUUGAAAGUGUUUUUAGGGCUUUUCGCGGGUUUUGUCGUCCCUCUUCUCUUGGCUGUUGCCUUCACACCUUCCUUCUCCCCCUAUUUCUCUCUCCUCCGACGAUUCCACAUUUUCAAUUUCUCACUCAGCUACUUAGUGUGAAUUAAGAUGAGUACUGGAGGAGAAAAAACGACUGGCAAUACUAAAACUCCUGCAGAUUUUCUCAAAUCAAUUCGCGGUCGUCCUGUUGUUGUGAAGCUUAAUUCUGGUGUUGAUUAUCGUGGUAUUUUAGCAUGCCUGGACGGAUACAUGAACAUUGCAAUGGAGCAAACAGAAGAGUAUGUUAACGGUCAGCUGAAAAAUAAAUACGGUGAUGCAUUCAUUCGUGGAAACAAUGUGCUAUAUAUCAGUACAACAAAGAGGACACUUGCUGAUGGAGCUUAGUUCUGGGCUGGAAAAUUGUUGGAGCAAUCUGAAUUCGUGCUGUUGUCAUUCUGACAUUGAAGUGUAGACUUUAAAGAUCUAGAUUGGGGCAGAAGCUUUUUAACUGGUGACUGAACCUGGUUUUCUUCUCAUUCUAGAUAAUUGUAUGUAACAAGCACAUCGACGUGAAGAGUUAAUUGUUAGCAUGACAUUUAUAAUCAUCAGUUAAUUCAAUUUUGUUUUUGCAUAUUUGGACGUGGGCACGUGGCUGUUCUAAUCCAAAUGAGCCUGGAAGAACAUUGGGCCUUAUUUUGCUGCACAGUUUUUUUCCUAAACAGAAUUUGAUUUAUUGCUCAGCUUGAGAACA